CGUAGUUUUUUUGUCAAAAAAUUAAUUGCGGAUUAAUUGGAGUGUUUAUUGAAUUAAUUGCAAGAAAACAUACAUUUCGACUGUACGUUGCCGUAAAAAAAGUAACACCUAUUAAAAUGAUUGCAUUUCUAAUGUAUUAUCGUUAAUUGGUGCAACUUAUAUCGAAAACGUAAACCACCUGGAACACUCAAUAUUUAUUCGAUUUCGAUUGAUUAAACUAGCAAGAAAGUUGUAGUGUAUACGUGUAAUUACUUGUUAGAGCUGAGAAUGGCGGAACAAGGUGAAAACAAUGAAAAUCCAUUGGAUAUCGAUGGGAGUAACUUCAACCCAGACACGUACUUAGAAUGCCUGAUGAAGUGCGCUACUUUGCGGCAAGUGAUGGACAAAGAGGCUGAAAUCGUUACCCAAAGUCAGUUCCUUCAGUCAGAGAUGCAGACUUUGGUAUACGAAAAUUACAACAAAUUCAUUUCUGCUACAGAAACCGUUCGUAAAAUGCGUUCAGAUUUCAAGAUAAUGCAAGAAGAAAUGAACAAACUUAGCGAGAACAUCAAUAAAAUCACUACAUUCAGUGGACAGAUUUCUGAAUCUCUUAAAGAGAGUGGGAAUAAUGUGAGUAGACUGUGUGGCACAAGGCAAUUGUUGGAUAAACUUCAAUUUUUAUUUCUACUACCUUCACAGCUGAACAAAUCAAUAUUAGAAGGCCGAUAUACAGAUGCCGUUCAUGACUACACACAUGCUCAAAGAGUGCUACAGAAAUAUGGAAAUCAACCUUCAUUCCAAAGCAUUCAGACUGAGUGCUCUGAAAUAAUUUACGGCCUAAAGAAAACCCUCAGGGACAGGCUACUUAGCCCUGAGACGUCAGCCUCUGAAAUUGCUGAGAGUGUAGGAUUACUGAGACAGCUCCAGGAGACAGAUUCUUCAUUGAAGGAAAUAUUUUUGAGCUGUGCUGAGAGCAGACUGGAUAAGCACUUGCAAACAUUAAACAACAUAGUUGACAGCACUGACAUCUUAGAAUGGGUUGAGAAAUGUAACAACACCCUAUUGGCUGACCUCGGCAUUAUCAUAUCAUGUUACCAUGAAAUGUUCCAAGAGGACGACCACACUGACAUCCCAGAGUUUGCUGAUAAAAUAAUGCUGCAAGUGUUCCAUCUAUUUGAAGAAGUAGCUAAAAGACCAGAGAAUAUUGGCACUGAAAUGCUUAUAAGAGGCCUGGACAAGUUCUUCAGAAAACUCCAGGCAAUGACAGAGAUUAUCUCAAGUGAUACAAUGUCUAACAAGGCUGUGGAAGUGGUCAUCCAAUGCAUCAACCAUAGAGCCACAAUACAAUAUCAGUCCAUACAAGCCCAAUUCAAAGAAAGUCUGAUGAAAGUGAGGCAGUCUUUAGCCAGUAAGGGUUCAGAGACUGCAGAUUUAAAAGAUAUCUUAAAUUCCCUACAAGUUUAUUUAAUGCAAAAAGUUCAAGCAUCCCUCCUAGAUCUAAUGGCAUUUCUGCAGAACACCCUUUCCUUUGGACUCAAAUCCUGGUGUGCUAAAGCAGUAGCUGACACAUGCUGGAAAGUGAUCUCUGAAACAAUGGCCAAUCUCUCAGACAUGGUGAAAAAGAUGGCUUGUCUCCAAACCUCUAAUAAUAACAUUCCAUUUGAGCUGUUGCUCAUUCUAGCCAAAUUAUGCUUAGAAAUGCAGGAGAAUGGAGUGACUACACUGCAUAGUCAUUUAGCUAAGCUUUUAGAAGAGGCUGCCCCUGGUUUGACUUUGGAGAAUAGAGACACAAACAGUGUGAUGGUUCAUCUAUCUACAGCUGCCCAAGCAGCUUUGGACUCUGAGGUGGUAUUUAUUGGUCAAACUGCAGCACAAAUGCUGAGGGUGUCUGUGCUAGCUCGAGACUGGUUAAGAGCACCAGAGCCGAGAGGACCAAGAGCAGUGUGCAGGAGGGUGGUCGAGACUUUGGCCAGCGCAGACAGUGCUGCCUCACAAUUGUUCCCAAGCAGUAUUAAGCCCUCAAGUGAUUCCAGUAGGCGGACUAUCUGGUCUAGAGCGCCAUCUUCGUUUUCGCCGAUCAACCGAAUAUUUUCUGAACGAAUUGAGGUAUUUAGCCCUGCUGGGGCUGACAGGUCGGCUUUGUCCAAUGGCGCGCUUAAAGUAGCACUGAAAGCAUUGGUGGAGUGUGUGAGACUCCGCACUUUCGGCAGACACGGCUUGCAACAACUACAGGUUGAUGUCCAUUUUCUGCAGCAGAGAUUGUCAUGCAUGGGCAAUGAUGAGAGGCUGCUGAAUGCUUUGUUAGAAGAUGCACUGGCUUCAGCCCAACUUAGAUGUGUUGAUCCUCAGCUAAUGGAACCUAGUAUUGUAGAUAUUAUUUGUGAGAGAGGUUAGGCAAUUUUAGUAAUAAUUAUUCUAAGUAAAAAAAUGUAAUUCAUAUACAAAUGUUUAUUUAUAUUUUAAGUCAAUUUUAUUGAAAUAAACAGACACUGUAUGCACUGGUU